AUGCUAGACGGAUCUCAAUGGGGCAAGUUCCUGCGUCUUCGUACUGAAGCUAUCGCCACUGUGCUCGUUGGUUGUGCUGAGAGUGAUGACUUCCGGCGUAAAGUUUUACGAGCCUCCACAGUUCCCGAAGCUAGUGCAGAGUACGCAACAUGCCGUCAACUUGCUGUCGUGACGCUCUGUCAGGCUAUCAAUCAACUGGAUCGAUAUUCCAGGUCGACAGCGAACCGUGUCGUGUCUGGUCUUACGCGAAUUGCAGCAGCCUGUCGUGAGGAUAUCCACCCAAUAGCGAAUGAACUAAUGGAGCCUCUGCUUCCUGCAAUGCUAGACGGAUCUCAAUGGGGCAAGUUCCUGCGUCUUCGUACUGAAGCUAUCGCCACUGUGCUCGUUGGUUGUGCUGAGAGUGAUGACUUCCGGGUGGAAAAUCAUCCGUGGAUCAGCGACUUCAUCAGUUUCCUCCUGGAUCCCGUGGUUUCGUCCGAGUCGCAAUAA